AUGGGCAUCAACAACGUUAUCAGAUACGAGCACGAGCAGGAGGGCGUCGAGCCACGGCACCAUCACCACCCUCACAAGCAGACUGGCGCCACAGAGUCCGAGAUUGAGCUUGACAAGACGUCGUCCACCAGCAUGUCGCCGUCUCUUAGUUCCCAAUCCUCAGUUUCUGUGAGUUCGGAGUCGCCUUUCCAGCUUGACAGAGAUAGCAACGUAAACGACAUUUUACAGGCUAACCGCUCUGCGAUGAAACGCCUGCAGGAGACGAUGCCAGCAGUGUUGGAGAAGUCCGGCAAGGGCCAGUCUCCGCACACUCUGUGGGUUGGAUGUUCUGAUUCCAGAGUGAAUGAAUGCACCACUUUGGGUUGCGUUCCCGGUGAGGUGUUUACCCUACGCAAUAUCGCCAACCUGAUAUCUUACCAGGACUUCUCGUCCAUGUCUGCGCUCCAGUUUGCCAUUGACGUGCUCAAGGUGAAACGGAUCAUUGUGUGUGGCCACACCGACUGUGGCGGAGUCUGGGCGGCCCUGGCGUCCAAAAAAAUCGGCGGCGUGCUGGACAACUGGCUGGCGCCUGUCAGACAAAUCCGUGCCAAAAACCUGGCCACUCUGAAGAGCAUCGAGGACCCAUUUGACAAAUGCACCAAGCUCAGUGAACUCAACAUUGCCAAUUCCAUUAGCGAAAUCCGCAAACAUCCUAGCUUCGUGACUGCAUCGAAACACAGCGGGCUUGAGAUACUGGGAUUUAUUUAUGACGUGAAGACGGGUCUUCUUCGCGAGAUAGAGAUCGACAACGAGUUCGAGGACGACGAGCUCCAUGAUGUUUUCCAUCUACAGGAAGAAACAGCUGCCGGAGCCGGUCAUUAA